AUGCAUCAGACCCCCCGCGCCCCGCCUCGCACAGCCUCGCCCGCCUUAUCGUCCCAGACAAACCCCACAAGAACCAACAACCAGAGAGAUUCAGCAAGUCCUAGUAGUCGCACAUCGUCUAGACCAAGCUCUAGGGCUCAGGAAGGGGCGGCGACAGGAGCAGGCGGCGGUAAUCGCGGUGAUGGAGGCGGUCCUACUCGAGAGUCCAUCAAGAAAUUGGACCAGAUCAUUCAGAAUAUCUACUCGAAGGCAGGCACCGUCAUCCUGCAGGCACGCAUACAGGUAACCCCGAUUCUUGUGGGUAGGUCCCACGAGAAGAGAACAAGUCGAUGGUUUCAGCUCGAUACCGACGACAUCGAUGAUUUCCGAGAAGAAUUUCGCAUAUGGAAACAAUGUGGUGGAUUCGAAAAUCGACCUCCUCCAUUAGUUAUCGAGACUUAUCUUGAUGCAUCCUGGUUGAAGGGCGGCCAGAGCCUAGUCAUUGUAGACGAAAAUGGGAAACGGUGGGAUGUCGUCGAAGCUCUUAACUCUUCCGAUCAGUCUAGUGAUAGCAGCUCUGGUCGUCAGGGUGAGCCUAUUACGCAGCUUGUAUUAGAACGGUGGCGUGUUGAUUUGAAAGGGCCAAAUCCCGAUAAAUCAGAUGACUUUGGUCUUCUACUGCCAACAGUAUACAAAAAGGCCAUCGUCUUGAUGCGAUCUAUAUAUACGACUACAGGUAUCUUGCCAGCAUGGAAACUAGCCAGGAAUUCUAAGACUAAAGGCAGCCAUCCCGCAUUGUCAAUUCGCUGCCGAGUCUUUUCAGGUGAGGCCCCAGCGUAUGGGUCAGACACCCUGAGGAUGCCGUUAUAUAACGGAAGGGGGGAUGUUUCUACGGAUUGCGUAUUUGGCGACCUGGAAAUCCCUGUGGGACGUUUCUAUGUUUCUGUCUCUUACCGCAAUAACUGCAAUUUCCAGGUCGUUGAGACCGAAUCUUUACUGAGUUCCCGUAUCGGCAUGGCCAUCUCCGACGACAUGUUUAAGCCGUCGCUACCCCAUCGUGGACAUGGACGCCACGAAUCAUACGCUCCCGAAGUUGGGUCGCUUCCAUACCACCGCCACGCACACGACGUCACAGAGAACCAGCAACGGUAUGGUAGCUUAUCCACCUUUCAUGGCGAAGGGCCCAUUGGUACCAGCCCGAUUUCAGCAUUAAAAGCUGUUAAAGCCCCAGGCUCGGAUACCAGUUCACCAACCGAUUCUAGACCCGCAAGCGUUGAAGCUCCCCCUCACACUCUCCCUAUUACCGGACCUGCUCGGCGACCAUCUCUUAGAGGGGUAGACGGACCGAGGCGUCCGUCUGUCUCCUUCCAGUCAUCUCCCUUUAAGCAUGGAUCCCUUUCGAGCUCGCCCGUGACUCGAUUACAGGACCAAGAUGUUCCGCCGUCACCGCAUUCCCUUAAUCGGACUUCGGGUUUAAGCGCACACGUGAGGAGCCGUUCCUCGCUAACAGCUGGAAUGGCAGCUUCCUUACGAGGAGUGCCACCUCCAACUGCGGCAGAUAACUCUGUUGCAAGCUCGCCAAGGCCAUCGGUCUCUAAUCGGUUUAGUAGCAGCUUCACGCAUCGUCGUAGUCGGCCAUCGAUUAGCGGUGCUAAUAGAGGAGAUGACGAUCAGAAUAGCAGCGGCAAACAAAGUCUCUCAUCUUCCACUGUACAACCUGGUUCUGGAUUAUUUAAUGAACUCGGGGCGGGUGGCAGUUCUGGGUCCUUCCAGACAGAUGAUGAUAACAUCCAGGAUUUCUUAAAGCUAAUUGAAAGCAAGAGAACACUACAAAGUUUUGAACCUACCAAGAAGGGUGAGUCAGCGACUAAGAGAACAGCCGCUCAGCUAUCUAAAUUCCAUCUUAUGCGCGAGUCGAACAAUGCCCUCACCGAAUCCAUGAACUCGUCUAUGCAAUUACACCGUUCGUCUAGCUCCUCGAGUCGACAAUUAGCCAAUGUUCCAGGGAUGUCGACAUCAUCAUCUCCGGGGAAACCGUUAUCACCUCAUACUCCGCACACGCCGGCCAUUCCAUCACGGUUGAGCGAAAACUCAAGUGUCGACUACGCGCCUACCGCAAGGGUUACGUCGCGGUCGCGCAAUGUCGAAGACCUCGCGGAAGAGCCGGUCAGUGUACAAGCCACUCAUGAGGGAACCACUGCGAUCGAUAUUCCGACCUCUCCGCGGCCUUAUCCGCACGGAAGGCGAUCAAGCUCCGUGGCUCAUCAAAACCGCGCACUGGUUGACGAUGAUGAUGUUGACGCGCAUCGUAGCAUUAGUCUUGGCGCGGAUGACCGCGAGCCGCCUAGUUUGAGCGUUUUGCUAGGAUUAGGUGCUGCCGAAGCUGAUGGCACGGUGGAUACGCCUGGAUUACAAUCCCCUGUCGAUAUUAGGGCAACGAAUUCGCCGGAUACGCUUGAGCAGGAAUCGGAAUCCGUUGAACGGGAAGUCCGGCCUCCUGGUGGUCUUUACACAGGAUUUUCUAGUUCACCCUAUACUAGACGUUAUGGUAAUAGCAUUGGCCGGGGGAUAACACCUCCCCAUUCUGGAAGCGGCAGUCUAGCAGGAUCUAGUGGUAGAUUCGGCAGAGGUUAUUCACGCGGAGGUGCUACCGGCUUAGGCGUGGCAGGCACCGUCGCGGACGAGACCGAUGAUGAGCCGCUUCUUUUCGACAUGUCGGAGAUCACCCGCGAACAAUCACGUCGCAGUCUAGAGGAAGGUAGGGGUGGCGGCAGCGUGGGAUCUACAGGUGACAGGGGAGGAUACGAAACAAGCCAUAGGAACCGCCGUUGGUAA